AUGCCCACCCCGGAGGUCGCCACCGAUGCGUCCACGGACGGUGACGUUGCGUCCACGCCCGCACCGACGAUGGCAACGCCCGACUUGCACGUGACGCCCGCGCCGAGUGUGGAGCAGGAGACGGACGAGACGCCCGACCAGGAGUCGCCGUUGACGCCAUGGAUGCCCACCCCGGAGGUCGCCACCGAUGCGUCCACGGACGGUGACGUUGCGUCCACGCCCGCACCGACGAUGGCAACGCCCGACUUGCACGUGACGCCCGCGCCGAGUGUGGAGCAGGAGACGGACGAGACGCCCGACCAGGAGUCGCCGUUGACGCCAUGGAUGCCCACCCCGGAGGUCGCCACCGAUGCGUCCACGGACGGUGACGUUGCGUCCACGCCCGCACCGACGAUGACAACGCCCGACUUGCACGUGACGCCCGCGCCGAGUGUGGAGCAGGAGACGGACGAGACGCCCGACCAGGAGUCGCCGUUGACGCCUUUGGUGCCCACCCCGGAGGUCGCCACCGAUGCGUCCACGGACGGUGACGUUGCGUCCACGCCCGCACCGACGAUGGCAACGCCCGACUUGCACGUGACGCCCGCGCCGAGUGUGGAGCAGGAGACGGACGAGACGCCCGACCAGGAGUCGCCGUUGACGCCAUGGAUGCCCACCCCGGAGGUCGCCACCGAUGCGUCCACGGACGGUGACGUUGCGUCGACGCCCGCACCGACGAUGACAACGCCCGACUUGCACGUGACGCCCGCGCCGAGUGUGGAGCAGGAGACGGACGAGACGCCCGACCAGGAGUCGCCGUUGACGCCUUUGGUGCCCACCCCGGAGGUCGCCACCGAUGCGUCCACGGACGGUGACGUUGCGUCCACGCCCGCACCGACGAUGACAACGCCCGACUUGCACGUGACGCCCGCGCCGAGUGUGGAGCAGGAGACGGACGAGACGCCCGACCAGGAGUCGCCGUUGACGCCUAUGGAUGCCCACCCCGGAGGUCGCCACCGAUGCGUCCACGGACGGUGA